AGAGGGCAGCCGUAAGCGCCGCCAGCGCAGCGCAGGCCAGUGGACUGCGAUCCGCUCGCCAUAUUUGUUGUUGUUGAUGGGGGAGGUCGUCGACGAGCAGCGAUAGACAGACGGGUGGAUGCGGUCAGUGCUCGCGACGGAACCGUCGAUCCUCUCACGUCCAGUUAGCCGAAAAUCAUACGCCCCGUUCGAGUGAAUCUCGACACUGUUGGGCCUAGAACGUCGAGAGUGUGCGACGGCAUGUGUUCAGGUGUCUGAUCGCGGCGGCGACGAAGAGGAGGCGGCAGAGAGGCGGAGGUGAUUUGUUUCUUGGAGUGGAGGCCGCACAACGGUAAGCAGUGGCGGGCGCCAGUGGCAGCGGCGGCAAUGGGGGCGGAGGCGGCGGUGGUGGUGGUGCCGCCGACCACGCUUCCGCAAUGAUCGAAUGGGAGGACGGGGAUCGCUUCAGCUUCGAGGACUCUGACCGUUUCGAGGAGGAUUCGCUGUGCAGCUGGACAUCGGAACCGGAAAGUGUCUGCAAUAACUGGCGCGGAUGGAAGCGGCAGAGCAACGGCGGCACCUACAGCUACAGUAAUUCAGCGAGCAAGUGCAGUCGCUCAACAGCCGAAGCCGAUAAAAGUGCGGUACCGUCGUUGACGGAACUAGCGGCGAAGUGUGUCGCCUCGCACAUUCCCUUCGAACUGGUGGAGCAUUUCUACCCGCCGGUGCCGGAACAACUUCAAUUACGCAUCGCCUAUUGGAGUUUUCCCGACAACGAGGAGGAUAUCCGCCUGUAUUCCUGCCUGGCGAAUGGCUCAGCUGAGGAAUUCAGCCGAGGGGAAGUCCAUCAUCGGAAUCACUGCGUCAAGGAUCCUUUACAAAUAGGUUUUCAUUUAUCUGCGAGUGUUCAACAGAAUCCACGCCUUCCGGCCCAGAAAGUAGCCGUAACCUUCGAUCGGCGACGUAUUUCGUCCUGCCUAUGCACUUGCUCCUCACAGGCUUACUGGUGUUCGCACGUGGUGGCUGUUUGUCUCACCAGAAUCCACUGGCCACAGCUGGUUACUCUCCGAGCACCUGUUUCAGAGUCCCUGUCGCGUUUACACCGUGAUCAGCUGCAGAAAUUCGCCCAGUAUUUGAUCAGCGAAUUGCCCCAGCAGAUAUUACCAACCGCACAGCGUAUUCUCGAUGAAUUACUGGGCAGUCAACCUUCGGCGAUUAAUUCAGUAUGCGGCGCACCGGAUCCCACCGCUGGCGCGUCUGCCACCGAUCAAACCUCUUGGUAUCUCGACAACAAAGCUCUGCAUGGCAAUAUUAAAAAGAUUCUUAUCAAGUUCUGCGUGCCUGCGCCGAUUGUCUUCAGCGAUGUCAACUAUCUCAGCACAACAGCACCACCCGCGGCUCAGGAAUGGACUUCAUUAUUACGUCCGUUGCGCGGCAGAGAACCAGAAGGAAUGUGGAAUCUCUUGAGUAUUGUUCGUGAAAUGUUCAAGCGUAAUGAUCGCAAUGCAAUUCCCUUGCUCGAGAUAAUCACGGAUGAAUGCAUGGCAUGCGAGCAGAUUUUGGUAUGGUGGUUUAACACGAAAGUGGCGCUGUUGAUUGGCAGCUCGGGGUAUGGCUGCGGAGGUGGUGGAGGCGGCGGGAAGCAUAACAACGUCAAUAGUAAUACGAAUGCGUCCCAACAUGCUUGUUCAUCUCUUUGUGAUGAAGUUGUUGUCUUGUGGCGUUUGGCCGCUUUGAAUCCUGGCCUUGCUCCUCAGGAACGCGACAUGUUACACCAUCAAUUCACCACGUGGCAUUUGAAGGUCACUGAAAAAGUGGCGAAAUGCCGCAGUGGUAGCAGUAACAACAACAGCAAUAAGAACGGCGGCCUCAAACUUGACCUCGAAGUAUUCACUGGUUUCAAACCGGCCAUCGAAGCGUGCUAUCUAGACUGGGAGGAUUACCCUAUGCCGGGUAUCACCUACACUCAGGAUACCAAUCCCAUGUAUCAUUGUCCAUUCACCUGCUUCAAACAUUCAGCCGAGAAUGGCGCUAGCGGUGAGAAUAAAGUCCCGCAGGUGAACUCUAGUAAAGCGGUGUUAAAUUGCGAGCAUAUUUCAACACAUUCUCAGCGUCAUCAUCGUGUAACCCGCUUGAAUUGGGACAUUGUAGCUGUACAACAUGAUGCGCAUGGAGUUGUCUUUCAGGAAAGACGUGAUGGUAACCGCUCAAGUGUGAGUAGCGAAGGUUUCUGCGAGAAUGACGAUGAAAUCGUAAUGUUGCCACCGCCCGUGUACGUUUACGAUCCGCAGGAAGCCGUCAGCGACUCAUCCAGCAGCAGUAGCAGUAACAUGGACUCGAAUAAUGCCUCUGCGCAAGCAUCCACCAGCGAUAGCGAUGAUAAACGAAAACCGGCAACGAAAGAAAACAGCGCUGGCGGAGAACGUCGGGAAAGUAAAGAUGAAUCUUCAUCGGAUCAACAAUCAGCUGCUAGUGGUGAUGAAUACAAUGUGUAUUUCUUUAACGCGAAGGAAAACGUUCCUGAAGCGAAUGGUAAAACAGCUAAGGUGGAAGAGGAUAGCAGAUCAAAUGUGUUUGCUAAUCUGCGUCGAUCGGAUGAUCCCUGGGAUGUAUUGUUUGCACGCGCGGAAGGUCUUCAUGCACAUGGUCACAAUCGUGAGGCGUGCAUGCUCGCUGUACAACUCGCCGAGGAACUGCUCGCGAAUCCGCCUGAUUUGAUGAUUGACAUUCCGCCCAUUCCGAAACGCAAGGGCAAGAAACAGCAGGUGAAUCCGGCCACACAUCAGCUCAGCUGCCUGGCAUCAGCCACGCUGGCAAAGUGCGCUUUUCUUUGCUCAGUCCUCGCGGAGAAUUCCGAACAUUCGCAUCUUGCAUUCCGUGUAGGUAUGUUUGGGCUGGAGAUGGCACGCCCGCCAGCAUCCACGAAGCCUUUGGAAGUAAAACUGGCCAAUCAGGAGUCAGAUCUUGUAAGCCUACUGAAGAAGAUCCCGCUGGGGCAUCGCGAGUUGCAGAAUUUACGCGAGCGCGCCGAGUUGCUCAAGGAGGGCACGCUCAAGUCGCGUGGCGAAGCAAUGCUGCCGAUUAUGUUGGCGAGUUUCAUAUUUGACGCGCUGGCAAUGCCUAAUCUCGUGGGGCGUGAACGAGCUCGUCCGCAGAAUGGACGCCUGCCAACUGAUGAAAUGCUCGGGUUUGAAGCGGCCGUAGCUGCGCUUGGGUUAAAAGCAAACGUUUCCGAAGCUGAUCAUCCGUUGUUGUGUGAAGGCACGCGCCGACAACGCAGUGAUUUGGCCAUAACACUACUGGUAUUCUAUAAGGAUGUAUGCUGGAAGGUGGCAAGGAUCAUGGACCGACUGCUGGAUAGAGAAAUUCACCAACUGCUCAAGACGCCUAUUUUAUCCUCGUAUUACUCAAGCAAUCCGCCUGUGAAGAGCCAAUUCUCGAAUCUGAAACGCGAGGAGCACGAAAAAGUGAUGAGUCCAUUUAUGCCCCAGCCGGAAAUGAUGCCGGAUAUGGGCAAUGGCAGCCGCCCGCAUAGUUCUACAAGUGCAGAAAUUGAUCAAACCAUGGGUAGUUUAAAUCUUGGACCGUCGACUAGUUCUGGAGCAGGUUCAAGUGGCAUACCUGCAACUACUACUACACGAACAAAAGAGGGGCGAUACAAAGGAAAGCGGGCGUAUCCAUCGAUCCCGAAUCAGCCGUCCGAGGCAAGCGCGCAUUUUAUGUUUGAAUUAGCCAAGACGGUUCUGAUUAAAGCAGGUGGUUCUAGCAGUACGUCACUGUUUACUCAACCGAGUACCAGUCAGAAUCAUCAUCGGGCUCUGCACAUGUGCGCAUUCCAAUUGGGUUUGUAUGCAUUGGGAUUGCAUAACUGCGUGAGUCCCAAUUGGUUGAGCAGGACUUACUCAUCUCAUGUCUCUUGGAUCACUGGACAGGCCAUGGAAAUAGGCGCAGCGGCCAUUUCAUUCUUGAUUGAGACUUGGGAGGGGCAUUUAACACCGCCGGAAGCAGUGAGCAUCGCAGAUCGUGCUUCACGUGGUUGUGAUCCAAAUAUGGUUCGUGCCGCUGCAGAGUUGGCUCUGAGUUGUUUACCACAUGCGCACGCCCUCAACCCGCAGGAGAUUAGCCGUGCGAUUCUGCAGUGUAAAGAACAGAGUGACCUAAUGCUCGAACACGCUUGUCUUACAGUUGAGACGGCGGCUAAAGGCGGCGGGGUGUAUCCAGAAGUGCUGUUCCAGGUGGCCCGUUAUUGGUACGAGUUGUACCUUAGACAUACACCCGGCGGGGAGCAGAUUAUUGACAGUGAGCCACACGAUCCGCUCCUGGACCCACAUGGCGCGCUGGUGGCGUUGAUUGAGACUCCACCAGAGAUGCCGCAGCCGCCUCCGGUGGUGGUGACGACGGCUCCGCCGCAAUACGUACCCUACGCGUACGGCUUCACCGUACAUCCGCAUCUAAGUUACGGGGGCCCUAUACACCCUCCCCAUAUGCAAAUGUACUUACCGGCGCCUCCACCACAAUUCCAGACGUACCCAGCGCCACCACCGCCGCAUUCAUCCAAUGGCAAUCCGCCCCCGGGGCCGUACCCGCCUGCACCGCAAGCUCAGUUCCAGCAAGGGUAUCCACAACAACCACCGCAGUAUCCCACGCCACCACAACCUCAGUAUCAGCAGCCACCGCCUGCAUAUGGUGGAAUGCCGCCACCCAUGCAUCAGUACUACGGGGCGCCGGUGACAGUCGCUCCGCAACCGCCACGUGCGGGACAUAUGUAUGCGUUGGCACCGAGUGGAGCAAUGCCUGUUCAACAACGACCGCCACAACAUCGCCAGCAGCAGUUGACGCAACCGCAAUUGCGUUAUUUACUCGCCGCCUAUCGCGUUGGAAUGCUGGCGAUGGAGACACUCGCGCGGCGCGUGCAUGACGACCGCCCCCAGGCGAAAUAUGCACGGAAUCCACCCUAUGGCGAGGACGUGAAAUGGCUGCUGAGAAUCUCCAAACAUUUAGGUACGCAGUAUCUGCAUCAGUUUUGCGUGUCGGCCGUAAAUUCGAUCGUGUCGCCGUUUGUUUUACACGACGUUGCAAUGGAGGCGGCGCAGUAUUUAGGCAAUCUGGGACGCAACAAUCCGGCGCUGGUAAUGCGCACUGCGCUUACACCACUGGUGCAAAAGUGUCAGCAGAUGUAUAUUCAAUGCAUGCACCAGAAGCUCUAUCAUCUCACGCCUGCAGACUAUGAAGACUUUGUCAGUAUCGUACUGGCUGCAAGGGCUGCUUUUCAGAUUACACAAGAUGGCAGUACGCAAUUUAAAGAAUGGCUGCAGUCGAUCAAACGGUCCAAGUCAUGUAAGAAAGAUCUCUGGACGCAAAUCAAUACCGCCCUGCAGGCGAACCCCAAAUGACAGCGGCCCGAGGUGAGGGCGACGCCGUUGGAAGUGGUAACGCCCGCUGACGGAUCAACACCAGCCGCCCCCGAGAGCGGAGUGGUUGUGCCCAGCGCAGCAGCGGUGCCCGCACCACCGCCGCCCAUCAUGGCGGCCAUGGUCUACGAACAGCACUGGCAACCGCAGCAUUCGGAUCUCAGUUGAUCGCCCGCCCCACCACCGGUGAUGAAGAUUGAACACAGUGUCGUUUUAAGUGCUCAGGUCUCUCUGCCUUCAUUCACCCCGACAUUCUCAUCGCGUCUCUGAAAUAUUUAUUCCAACGUCCAAUCGAUUUUCGUUUGCUUGCGCAUAUAUAUAUAUAUAUGAAACGCAUAAUUAAUUGAUUUAUUUGAUUAGUGAUAAUUUGUUGUAAGGCAAUUCAGUUGACUGUUUGAUUAUUAUUAUUAUUAUUAUGAUUAUUAAUAUGAUUUGUUCCAAACAAACAACACGAACGAAAGACUUGACCAUGCGUGCGUGCGUAAGAUAAAUUUAUAGUGUGAAUGUGUUCUCGAGCGAAUGACAUACAUAUACAUACAUAUAUAUUAUAUAUCAACGAUUUCAUUACUGCAUAGUUUAUUGAUAUUUUUUAUAUAGCAUUAUCAUUUAUGCAUUGUUUGACAAAUGCGUAAAACGUUGCGGAUUGACGAAGAGGAAAUGCACACCAGUAAAUCAUUGAAAUUAUUUCCGUGCCAAUUAAUUACGUCUCGGUUACACACAGUAAAGCCAAUCUAUAAAUUGAUCUCAUAACGAUAACACACCACACCCACAUACAUCCGAUUUAAUAAAACCCACACACACACACACACACACACAGUGUAAAUAUAAUCGUUGAGAGAAACAAGGGCUGACAGAGUCACGUGUGUGAUUAUAUGUUUGUUGUGUUCUAUUGUAUUCAUUUGAAAUAAUCGUAAUAUAGAGACACAGAAGAAGAAACAUAUGACACCGCCGGUUCUACUUUAUCUUAAUUUACGUUUAUUUUGAUUAUGAUUUUUUACGUUCUAUACUGUAUUUUUGACAUCACAAUAAUGAGUAAUUUUACAUUCGACUCGGUGUUGUCCAUUCUCCUUCCCUCAGCGCAACAUAUCGUGAAUUGUGUACAAGUGUGAAGAAUCAAAUCGAGCAAUACGAGCACAAAAACCCGACAACAGCAAUAUUUUUUUUACACGUCUCUCACACACACACAUUUACCUCACGUAUUCGAACGAAUGUCGCGCCGGCGUGUGACGACCCACACCCACACAUAGCUAAGUAAAGUCGAAGAAGAAGAAAAUGAAGAAAGUAAAUUCAGUGCCUGAUAAUAUUAUUAAUUAUAUUUAUGUAUGAUGUACAUCUAUAUAUCUAAAUAUCUAUAUCUGUCUAACGAUUUAUCUAUUUAUCUACUAUCCGUAUUGAUAUUGAUUGCGCGCGAUUCUCAUCUAUGUAUCAUAUUUAAAUAUUACAUGGCUAAUUAGUACUCGAAUAACUAAGUGUUGAUAUCAUGUAAUUCACUAUACAUAUUAUAAUAUCGAUGUAAUUACUAAAUAUUCGGCAGAGACGUAAUCUAUCAGGCGAGAUCAUGAUACUUUCAUUAUUUACACUAAUUAAUUAUAAACAUUUUAGACGUAAGCAUGAAUAAAGAACAGAAACUUAAAUAUUAA